CUUGACAGAGCAACCACUGCUCGCUCGCAUCACUCUCUGUGCAAGCGGGCGGUCCCCACACAUGGUAACCAGGGAAACGUUAAUAGAAUUCUGCCUCUUAAGAAGUACUACAAAACGUGUAUAGUUUUUUUCUUGGCUGUUUUAAUAAAGUGAUACUUCCAAAAAUGUUCCAGUUUAGAAGAACCUUUGAAAACGAAAAGCUUCAGCUGCAGGAGCUGAAUGAGAGACUAGGUCAGUACUUGUCCAGAGUGAAUCAGUUGGAGCAAGAAAAUGCGUUCCUUGCAAAGGAGAUCAACGUCGUUCGACAGGAAAAGACGGUGGAAUGGGAAAACCAGCAUAUGGUGGAACUGCGUGAACUCAGGAGAAUGGUGAACCAGUUGGCCUUUGAGAAGUCCAGAGCGGAGAUGGAACGGGAGAAGCUGUGGCGCGAGCUCCAGAUGGUCCAAGAAAUGUGUAAUAAUGAAUCAGGGGAGUGCAGAAACAUCGAGGUGGAGGUAAAAGGUUGUGAGAAGCACCUGCACCAAACCCUAAGGACGAACCAAGCCUUGGAGGAGCGGCUAUUCCAGCUUGAGAACGAAUGCAAGAGCCUGGAAGAUGCCCAACGGCAAGAAAUUGUCCAUGUCAGAAAUCAGGUCUAUUCCAGGGCAAUGCCCGUCUUCGCACGUCAAAAUUACCAGGCUCCUAGAGCACUCACCACGGAGGAAAUCGAGGAAUACGCGCAAACCCUGUCCGACAGUUGGACGGAGAGUUUUGAGAUGUACCAGAGGAAAAUCGAGGACUUGGAAGAGUCCAUCAGAGCAGACGAGGCGAAGUUAGAGGAUCUCCAACGGCAAAACAUGCAGUACGCCGCAGAGCUGAAGAAACUUAAUUUGGAAGCUGAGAAACAAAACCAGUUGCAUGCACACCUCGAGGAGCAAAUUAUGAACAUGCAAGAUAGUUGCCAUAUGGAGCUAAAUCAGUAUCAGGUGAUGAUGGAGGAGCUGGAGGAAGAGCGGCAGGCCCUGGCCACUGCCAUUGCUGAGAAACUGAGAGAUCACCAGGAGCUGAUGCAGGUGAAGACGGGGCUCAGUCUGGAGGUGGCUGCCUACAGGGCAUUAUUGGAAGGAGAAAGCAAAGACGUGUUGGUCUGGACAGAUCAGCAUUCCAGAGGAGCAUCCAGGAGAAUAGAUGUUCAGGCACCAGCACCCUCCUACUCUCUGAAAGGGUCAGCAGUGAACUGGCAAGAUAUAAAAAGGCAUCCUGCCAGAAGCACAGCUUUGAACACCCAGUACAUGGAGCUAGCAUCAAGCCUUAGAACUUCAUCUCCAUCAAGCCAGCUAAGAUCUAAUAUCACGAGCAGCACCUCACGGAGAGAUCACCGAAGUCCUCUGGCUAGAAGAGACAUGCUGUCCUUUACCGUUGCUUCAAGACACCAGGCCGCCACCAGUUCUGCAGCACCUGGAGCUGAGGAAAGGGGCGUUGGCAUCCAAAAGAAAACUACAGUUCAUGAGACGACGGUGAGAAGCAAGGAAGCCUCCCAGAGUAUGGCCAAAGAUUUGGCACAUGAUCGGCAGGCUGGUGCUUCAGACAGAUCCAGGGUGGGUUCCUCGCAAAGGUCACCGGGAGUGAAAUCAAACAUAGAGGAGGCUGGCAGAAAGUCAGUAAAGGUGGUGUCACCUCCGAUGAUGAGCCUGGUCAGUGAUGCAGUGACGAAGGAUGCCAACAGGAAGGUCCAGGAUGUUAAAGUCGUCAAGGUGAAGGAAACGGAACUCAAAGCAGGAAGCACCCCGAGCAAAGUUACAGCAAGUCACAGCAGUGGAGAGGUUGGGGGCUCUCAAAACCUCACAGCAGGAACAUGGGACGAUCAUGAUGGGAAGCAGCAAGAAGGUGGUGGCAUUGUAUACAAGUCACAGACAAGAACUAAAUGGAAUUUGGAUGAGGAAGACACAGGGGAGGAGAUGUUCCCGGAGGAGCAGAAGGUGUUACACUCAAUCUCCAUGGAAGAUAUAAUUGAGACAGUGGUGAAGCCUGUGGGCCUGGACACCAAACUAAUGUCAUCUCCGGACUCCAAGGUCACGUACCACGUGGAGAAGAUGGAGGAGGAGGAUGGGACCACUAAGACCAAAAUCAUAUUGCAGUCAAAGGUGGAGGAAGAACUAGACAUGUCAGAUGAAUCUGCACUGGGGGAGCUCCUCAGCCAUGGAGGGAAGACAGUCACCCUUCAGGAUAUCAGGGGAACCCCAACAGGUGAUAUGAUUGAAAACCUGCUCAGCCUGGGGCUCCAGGAUGGGGGUGCCACCCUGGAAAACAAGUCAAUCAAUGUGGAGAUAAUUGAAGAGCCAGCAGAGGACCGCAGUGAUGAGGAGACUGAAGAGAAGCCAGCACCUAAACCUUUCCAGCCUUCCUCCAUGCACUUCCAGAUACAAGAGCUGGAAGAUGAUCCUGAAUCUUCCCAGCUCACAGAGAGAAGUACCAAGACAACAAAGGCCUCCGUAGCCGCUGGAGGCUACCUGAAGGCUGAAUUGGCAGCAUUUCCAGAAGGUACUGGAGGCUCUUCGUACUACACCCAGAUCCAAGGGACAGAGUACGUAGUCUCCACCCCUGAAGAAUAUGCAUCAGAGCCUGAGGAAGGAGGUGACUUCCCAUCCUAUGAACAAUAUGGAAGAGAGGAUGACUGGUCAGAUGAGAGGUACUAUCAAAAGGACGCCCAGGACGUUCAGCAAGCAGUCAGCUCCAGACGGGGAUACACAGUGAGGGUCGUGGAAGAAGAGGAAGACACUCCAUGGAUUGGCAUUGAGGGACAGGGAGGCAGCUACACCAAGGAAUUGGUGACCAAGGUCAGCAAAACAGAGAAGCAUAUCACGCUAGGGCCCUCUGAUAAGUCGUUCAGUUUCCAGAUGGAUGCCGGUGAGGUUGCCACGGCAGCAACGGCAACCGAUGGGAAUCAGCAGGCCUAAAAUGCUUUGGUCUGCAAGCAUGGUGAUGUGAAGGACCCAAUGACUGAUGGAGAUAUGGGUAAGGGUAUGUAACAGCUGCAAGCUAGGGUUGGGGGUUCAAUUCCAUUUUCAAAUUCAGUCAGUUUGGAAAAGGAAAUUGAAUUGUUUAUUCAUUAACUAACUGAAAUAGAAGUUCCCCCCCUGCACUUCUGGGUGAAAGAUAGUGAUUGGGAAGCAACUACAAGGCAGGAGUGCUGAACGGCGGUGAAGAUCAGGAAGAUGGUAUGAGAAAGUGUGAAAAGCAGCUCUAAGAAGGUGUGGAAUUUGACCCUACAAACAGACUCCUCUUUGAAAUCACUCAUGAAAAGAUGUAGAAUACCUUUAUGUACAAUUUUGAUCUCUGCAAUCAUGGUGCGCAAUUAGUGUUUAAUUGUGCUCUCCCCACUUCUCCACCCCAACCACCCCCCAAUUAAAAAAUUACAGCAAAGGCACUACAUUUCCUCCAUGUUCAUUUAUGUGCAACAACCGGUAACAGAGAUCAUCAUUAUGGAGCUGUUAAUGGUUUGAUCAAAGAUUCCAAAAUCCAUGUGUUUUUUAGGGAGUGAUAUCAUAGCUGAACAAAAAUCUUUUGUGUGAAAAUGAUACAUUACAUUACAGGCAUUUAGCAGACUCUCUUAUCCACAGUGACUUACAUAGCAUUUUACAUUGUAUCCAGUUAUACAGCUCGAUAUAUACUGAAGCAAUGCAGGUUAAACACCUUGCUCAAGGGUACAAUGGCAGUGUCCUACAGGGGAAUCGAACCUGUGACAAGACCAACUCCUUACCCAUUAUGCCACACUGAUUCAGAUAGAGCAGUGCGCAUUUUUGCAAUGAAUUUUUAUUUUUGUUUUCUUUGAACAGCAUAUAUCUGUUUUAUUGCACUUUUGAAUGAGCUUUUUAAAGGAGCACUUUGUUUUUUGCUGUGAGGCAUUAUGUUCUCUUUAACUAUAUUUUUGUACUUGCAUAACUUUAGUCUCUCACUGCUAAAAAACUAAGUCUAAACAGGUAUUGAAGCUAAAUGAGCUCUUAUGACUAACUUGUAAUAGAUUGAUUUAUGGUUUCUAUAUGCGUAAAGUCUAUUCUUAUUGUAACAGGCUAUUUGCUUAUGUAUUAACUUACAUAUCAAAUGACACAUAAUAAAAAGCAAUUGACAUUUUACUUGUACAAGGGACUAACAUAUUAACAGUUGUUGUGAGAAAUGUAAAAAUAUUGAACAAUAUUAUAUCCAGCCUAUAUACAGAUAUAUAUAAACUGGUCUUAUUUUUGCCCAUUUUGGAAGGGAAAUGCCAUUUCACCGAUGCACAUUGAUGCAGAAUUUAAGCAGAUAGUUAAAUAUCUUAUCUGGUGGAGAUUGGUUGAGAAAUAAAAGGUGGCAUGUAAAAAUCUACUUUGAUGCAGUACAUGCCGCGGUGCAACUAUUCAAUGUAUGGCUGAAUUGUGACAGUGUUUCAGUAGAGUUUGCUUUACUCAUGAUUAGCUUUUCAUCCAUAAGAACAAAACAUAAUCAAAACAUAGUUUAGGAAAGAAAAUAAAGUACUUUUAUUUGUUCCAGCUUUGCAUUUUGUCCAUUGUACUGGAUGAAACAAAUCAAUCCAAUAAAACCUUUGAUUCAGCGUGA